AUGUCUGACUUGAAGCCAAAGGGUGCGAGAUUGUCCCUGUUAGGCCUUGUCAAGGAGGUGUUCAAUUGGUAUCCAUCUUCUUAUCCCUCCGAAGAGAGAAAAUUAUUGUUCAAGCUGGACUUGUCGAUUCUGAUCUUUGCCUGUCUAUGCUUUUUCGUCAAAUACUUGGACCAGACAAACAUCAGCAAUGCCUACGUCAGUGGACUGAAAGAAGACUUCGGCCUGUAUGGUAAUGAGCUGAACUACUUCAAUGUCUGCUACUAUACAUCAUACGUGGUUUUUCAGAUUCCCGGCCUGCUACUGAUGUCCCGACCAAAGCUUGCUCGCUGGCUCCUCCCUACCCUCGAAGUCCUCUGGGGUAUCUGCACAUUCGCACAAAGCCGAGUCACUAACGUAACGCAACUAUACGCACUUCGCGUGCUGGUCGGUGCGCUGGAAGCACCCGUAUUUGCUGGAACCCAUUUCAUCCUUGGGUCAUGGUACACAGGGCCUGAGUUGUUCAAACGAGCCGGUACAUGGUUUAUUUGUAACCCUUUAGGCACCAUGGUUAGCGGGUAUCUCCAAGCAGCCGCUUAUACGAAUCUUUCUGGUGUUGGAGGAAUGCCCGGGUGGAGGUGGUUGUUUGUCAUUGAUGGUAUCUUCACUAUUCCCGUUGCCUUGGUCGGUUUCCUCAUUUUCCCUGGUAUUCCCGGAUCUCCCAGACCAUUCUAUUUGACAGAAAAAGAUCUUGUGCUGGCAAAAGAAAGGACGAAGAGAGCCAAGAUUCGCCAGCCUGGAAAAAUGAGUCUGGACGUGUUUAAAAGGACAUUCAAGAGGUGGCAUAUCUGGGUUUUUAUUAUGUGUUACGCGUGCAUGAUCAUUUGCUCUUAUCCGAUCAGUUACAUGAGUCUGUGGCUCAAAGCAGAGGGAUAUUCUGUGACCCAGAUCAAUCAGCUGCCGACUGUGACUUACGCGAUUAAUAUCGUGGCAUCCUGGCUAGGAACAACUCUGGCAGCCAUAUAUCCAGAAUGGAUCAUCUAUACUAUUGCUUCGGCAUUAUGUCUCUUUGCGAUAUUGUGCAUGAUUGUUUGGAACAUUCCCAUCGCGCUGAAAUUCGUAGCCUGGUAUUUCCUAGGCGCAGCUGGAUGCUUGAGUCCAAUCUUGUACUCUACCAUAAACAUCAUUGUCAGAGAUGACGCCGAAGAGCGUGCUCUCAUUAUGGGCUCUAUGAUGACUUUCGGUUAUUCCUUCAAUAUCUGGGUCCCGUUGCUGGCGUAUCCGACAGCCGGACCAGAUGGUGCACCUAGAUGGCGAAAGGGGUGGCCUAUAUCAUUCGUUUUCUUCUUCCUUUUAUGGGCUGGCUUUAUCGCUUCCAUACUUAUAUGGCGAAGUGAACAAAAGAAGGAGAAUCGGCUGUCAUCCCAGGAGAGUAGUGAUGAAGAAAGGGAUACCGUUGUCAUUGAUGGGUCUCCAGCGUUGAAAAAUUAA